UCUCAGAUUAUAGUAGUUUAAAUAGAAUUAAAAUGGAAGAAGUUGAAACGAAGGACGUUUACACGGACACUGUUUUUACAGCUCUCGGCGAUCCUUUGAUCAAAGGGUUGACCGAAGUGGCUAAUGUAAAGCCAAAGGACCCAGUGGCGUUCCUCGCGAGCUUUUUGCACAAUUUUCCGGAGAAUGAGAAACCACGAUUAGGUACGCAGGAAUCGAAUGUGUUAGUGACGCACGGACCACCCGAGGUGGAGAACGAACAGCCCCCACCAGGAUCGCAUGCGGCAUUGUCUCGGAGCGCGACCCGUACGGCUACAAGACCUAGGCCUAUUGACGUUAUCACGGUGGAUCCACGGACAGAAAGCAGUCCUGAUGGGCCAGAGGCAGCGUUCAGCAGCGCUGAUAGAGACGAACACGGCCAGUCGAUGCUCCACUUCGCAGCCGCGAGGACGCACACGCGCAAUGCGCUGUUCCAGUUACUCCAAGAGUCUGACGUCAACCUUGCCUAUAGAGAUGAGUUGUACCGAACUGCGAGAGACGUGUCUCUGCAGGCGAAUGUGCCAGAAAACACUGCUGAGAUCGACCGAUGGGUGUUGCAUCUAGCUGCUAGAGGUAACAAAGAAAAGAUAAUGGAGUUGUUCCUAGAAGGCUACGAUCACAUACUGGAUGUCGUCGACGAUGAGGGAGUGCCAAUAACCGACGUGGUAGCCAGCCGCGAUAGCGAGAUGAGCAACGUGCUCGCUUCGAUACCUGCUUUCGAGGACUCACGGGACGCCCUCCACAGUGCGAUACGGAGAGGAGACCUCGCUGCAGUUGAGAAUACCCUGGCAGCAGAAGGUGGAAGAACACUAGCUAGAGGCAAGAGCUCGUUCGGCAGAACAGCUCUCCAUGUGGCGGUGCUGGCGCAGCAUGAGGAGAUCGUGGCAUUGCUGGCUUCGAAGUGCCCGGAGCUGCUGCGGUUUGGAGACAACGUAAGCCUAGCUUUGUCACCUACUUCUGUAUCACUAGCUAGAGGCAAGAGCUCGUUCGGCAGAACAGCUCUCCAUGUGGCGGUGCUGGCGCAGCAUGAGGAGAUCGUGGCAUUGCUGGCUUCGAAGUGCCCGGAGCUGCUGCGGUUUGGAGACAACGUAAGCCUAGCUUUGUCACCUACUUCUGUAUCACUAGCUAGAGGCAAGAGCUCGUUCGGCAGAACAGCUCUCCAUGUGGCGGUGCUGGCGCAGCAUGAGGAGAUCGUGGCAUUGCUGGCUUCCAAGUGCCCCGAGCUGCUGCGCUUUGGAAACAACGUAAGCCUAGCUUUGUCACCUACUUCUGUAUCACUAGCUAGAGGCAAGAGCUCGUUCGGCAGAACAGCUCUCCAUGUGGCGGCGCUGGCGCAGCAUGAGGAGAUCGUGGGAUUGCUGGCUUCCAAGUGCCCGGAGCUUCUGCGGUUUGGAGACAACGUAAGCCUAGCUUUGUCACCUACUUCUGUAUCACUAGCUAGAGGCAAGAGCUCGUUCGGCAGAACAGCUCUCCAUGUGGCGGUGCUGGCGCAGCAUGAGGAGAUCGUGGCAUUGCUGGCUUCCAAGUGCCCGGAGCUGCUGCGGUUUGGAAACAACGUAAGCCUAGCUUUGCCACCUACUUCUGUAUCACUAGCUAGAGGCAAGAGCUCGUUCGGUAGAACAGCUCUCCAGCUGGCGGUGCUGGCGCAGCAUGAGGAGAUCGUGGCAUUGCUGGCUUCCAAGUGCCCGGAGCUGCUGCGGUUUGGAGAGAACGUAAGCCUAGCUUUGUCACGUACUUCUGUAUUACUAGCUAGAGGCAAGAGCUCGUUCGGCAGAACAGCUCUCCAUGUGGCGGUGCUGGCGCAGCAUGAGGAGAUCGUGGCAUUGCUGGCUUCCAAGUGCCCGGAGCUUCUGCGGUUUGGAGACAACGUAAGCCUAGCUUUGUCACCUACUUCUGUAUCACUAGCUAGAGGCAAGAGCUCGUUCGGCAGAACAGCUCUCCAUGUGGCGGUGCUGGCGCAGCAUGAGGAGAUCGUGGCAUUGCUGGCUUCGAAGUGCCCGGAGCUGCUGCGGUUUGGAGACAACGUAAGCCUAGCUUUGUCACCUACUUCUGUAUCACUAGCUAGAGGCAAGAGCUCGUUCGGCAGAACAGCUCUCCAUGUGGCGGUGCUGGCGCAGCAUGAGGAGAUCGUGGCAUUGCUGGCUUCGAAGUGCCCGGAGCUGUUACGGUUUGGAGACAACUUGGAGCGCACCCCGCUCCACUACGCGAUGGGAGUAGAGAAGAUGGAGUCCCUAAGCCGUGUCCUCAUCCGAGCGGGUGCCAAGCGCGUACUGAAGGACCUGAAGGGGCGCCAACCCUCCUACUACUUCAUGAACAAGUCUGACAUCCUGCGGCUCAAAGAGGAGGAGGAGAUCUACUGACAGACCAGGAGGGCUUAGUUGGUUCCUCGAAUUGUAGUUGAGGAUUUUGGAUGAUUUUAUUAUUCUUUUAUCGUCUUCUAUCCUAACUUGUG